CAAUCGUUUUUGUUGCACCGAAAAACCUAGUUUGCUAUCUGCCUCGCGAAUUGACUCAUCAAACGAGACUCGUAGCGAUUCAAGGUCUGCGGUGUAGCCAUUGGGAGUCCUGGAAUGUUGGAUUUCCAGUUUGGUCAUCGCGCGUGACAAAGAGCAAGAAGAAUCCGCGUCGAACCUCGGCGGGGAGUGGAGCGAUAGUGCUCACACGCGUGAUACAGAAGCUCGUCGACAACGAUAGCGACACAAUCAGUGCAUUUCUGCGAAACGUUCGUAUAUAAUCGGUCCUACACAAACGACCAGUGCAUUUUUCUACGGUCUAUCGGUGAACAGUGGUGAACGAUCGUUGAAAACAUAUUGGAAAGCGACGGUCGACCGUAGAAGUUGUCGCCGAGAUGUACAAGCUAGCUCUUCUCGCCAUUUCGUUCGGAAUACUUCGCGACGUGGCGACCGUCAUUGAUUUCCCUAAUAAUAAUCCAGGUCACUCGUCGCCAGACACCGCGCUAUGUCAAAACAAUUACAUGGCUGACAAGCAGUCGUUUUUCGUUAACGGGCGACACUCAUCCCCGAGCAGCGUGUCGUUGAAAGAGGGCUACGUGGUGACGCGAGGCGUGGGCGUUCACAAGCUGAAUCGAAGGAGGCUCACGUGGAACGCAGCUCGCGCAUCCUGCGCGAGAGACGGAGGUCACUUGGCCGUUAUAAACUCGUUGGCCGAGGAGGCCGUGUUGCUACGCGUCCUUCGAGAGGCGAACGUCGUCGAGGCCUGGAUCGGUAUUCACGAUCUGUUCGAGGAGGGCGAGUGGGUGACUCUAACGGGGGAGUUGCUGGAAGAAGCCGGCUACGACAAUUGGACCACCGCGUUCCCAAACGAGCCUGACAAUCUGGGAGGCAAUCAAAACUGCGGAGUCCUCCUAAAAGUUGGCGGCAUCGACGACGUUGUGUGCACCCUGAACCACAUGUACAUAUGCGAGAUCGAUAUGUAUUGAUGUCCCGUAACCUUAAUUGGAUAAUCUCAUCCAGCCUUUAACGCUGGACAAAGUUGCGUAGCGUGUAAAUAUUGAUAAUUCGAUGUAAAGACGCAAAUGUAUGUUUCGAUUAAAGGAAAACGGAAACUUUGACGUUCCCAUCC